AUCUUAAAGAAUUUUUCGCUGACUGUACCGGCUGGCAAGACUGUAGCUAUCGUUGGCCCCAGUGGCUCCGGAAAGAGUACAACGGUGCAGUUGAUACAGCGACUUUACGAUCCUCUAGAGGGACGCGUUACGCUUGAUGGUGUCGAUGUCCGUCAACUGGAUGUAAAUUGGCUUCGACAGCAGAUCGGUGUGGUGUCCCAGGAGCCCGUUCUCUUUGCUGGCACAGUCGAGGAAAACAUACGACUAGGAGAUCCGGAGGCUACAGAUAGCGAAGUCGAGGAUGCAGCUCGCAUGGCUGAUGCACAUGGCUUUAUCAUCAAACUACCUGAGGUCCUCUUUAUUUGUCCUUUUUUUCGAAUGACUUACAUGAAUUGA